AUGAGAAUAAUAAAAUCAUGCUAUUAUUAUAUAAUGAAUUACUCUUAUUUGCAUAUAUGCUUCUUAUUGAGAUCACGAAAAUGCAAAACAAGUGUCUGCAUGUAUUGGCCUAUUAAAAAAUUAACAAUGUUUGCUCCUGCUGAACCGCUAUUAUGAUUUGUGCUAAAAUGACCUAAAGAUGGCCAUCGAUAUACUCAACAAUUUGGAAGAGCCGUUUUUCAAGAGCAUAAAAUUGAACUAGCCUUAUGAUAUCAAGAAUACUAUAAAUAA